UUGACAGUAACAGUUGAAAUAUUGACAGCUAAUUCAAUUUGUUUUGGAAUUUAAUCUAUUGAUAAAUUUUUAUAAAUUUAAAAAUUAAAUUUUUUGAUUUAAGUUCCAAUAAAACAAUUAUGACGAUAAACAAGGAAGCGUUUUCCGACCUAGAAGAAAAAUACCAAAAAGUUAUCAAACUGCUACUGGAGGAUAGCAAGUCUGACCCCGAAAAUGAGCCCUAUUUAUCCAAAUAUUCUGCAAGGCAAAUUCUGAUUGGCAUGAAAGCAAAUAUAGAAAACUUACUAAGAAACCAAGAGGGAUCCGAAAAUGUUAAGCUUAUUGCAAUGUAUGGUGCAGUUCACAUGUACCUUGGAAUGGUGGCAAUUGAUACAGAGGAAAUUUCCAAUGGUGAAAAACAUUUAGAAAAGUGCCUGGAAAUUAUAGAAAAAUAUGAGAGUCUUCCGGAAAUGGUGCUGGUGGCAAUGAACAUGUAUAAUCAGUUUGGUAUAUUGUACUCACAAAGAGACCCAGGCAAGGCAAAAAUGUACCUUGAAAGGGGCCAAAAACUAUACAGUACCUUUAAAGAAAGUCAAAAGACACCCAUGAAUAUUUCAGAAUUGUUUGAGCCUAACAAAGAAACCUAUAGUGAGGAACCUGGUUUAAAAAAUAUGGAAAAAAUGUACACAUUAACUCUAUACUACUUAGCACAAAUAUUUGGCCAGCUAAAGGAGAACUUUAAAAGUGCAAUAUAUUGCCAUAUUACUUUGCAGAGACAAUUAGAUAUGCAGGACUAUGACCCAAUUGAUUGGGCCUUAAAUUCUGCCACUUUAUCCCAAUUUUUCAUGGAAAAGUGUGGUUUCAAACAAGCAAGGCAUCAUUUGUCUGCCAGUUUAUUUAUUUUGGAGAAGUACCGGCAAGAAGAAAUAUUAAACACUCCAGAAGAAAUAAAUGAAGAAUUUGAGGCAAAAUUAGAGACUUUUAACCACAGAAGUGCUGAUGUUGCCCGGUGUUGGAUAAAAUAUGCCAUUUUCAUUCUCAGCCAAUCGAAGGAGAGGCUUUUAAACCAUACUGAGAACAUUGAUGAGAAAUGCAGUAUGGUUUCUGAUUUGACUCAAAUGAAAUUAUCAGAAGAUGCCAAUGUGACUAUAGAAGAGCUACAAAAUCUAUCAUUUACAGGUAUAGAUGUUAAGCAAUAUGAAAGUGAAAUAACUGACCAAUUUGUCCUGUACCUGCCUGAUGCAAAGAAGGUAUUUUUAAAAGCUCAAGAGUGGGUUAAACAGGCUCAAGAUUACUACAGUUCAGAAACCCAUGCUUCAGAUUACAUUGAAAUUGUCCAAGACCAAAGUCAGUUAUAUUUAAAUUUAUUAUUUUUUGAAGAUAAUCCAGAUAAUCAAGCAAAACUGCACAAGAGGAGGGUGGAUUUAUUGGAAGAUGUAUUAAACACAGUUAACCCCCAGUUUUAUAUGAACUAUUGCAGACAAAUUUGGUUUGAAUUGGGUCAGAGUUAUUCAGAACUAGUUGACAUAAAAUCAGAAAAACUUAAGGAGAGUAAUGAAAGACCCAAGCCUCAGGCUCUGAUUAAAAUUAACAAUUUAGUUGAGAAAUCCAUUAGUAAUUUUAAAAAUUUUCUAACAUCAUUUAAGGUAAAUACUGCUGAGAAGGAAAAGAUCCAGGAUGAUGCUGAAAAACCCUUUUUGCGAGCCUACAUGCAUGUGGCAGCAAUGUAUGGGAGGUAUAUCACUCUUGACAAAAAUGUCCAAUUAAAAAAUGUUGAGCAACAGUAUGAGCAUUAUAAAUUUAUAGUGGAUUAUUGUGAAAAACAUCCAAAUGCAGCAGAACUUCUUCCAAUGGAACUGGGCAUUUGCAAGGAAAUGGUGAUGCUUUUGCCAGUGAAGAUGAUAAGGUUAAAGAAUCCUACAAAUGCUUAAAUUUGCUUUAAUUGUGAUGUUAGUUUUAAGUUCUAUAGUGCACAAUUUUGUUUGUGAAUUUAUUUAUUUUAAGGCUGUUUUUUGAUAAUUUUCUUCAAAUAAAAGUUUAUUGAUUCUA